GGCAGCAGCGCCGGGGGCGGCGGCGCCGGGCAGGCGCCCCCCGAGCUCCCCGUGUCCCCAUGGCGGCCGCGUCCUGCCCGGCGCUCCUGGCCGCCUGCCUGGCGCUGCACCUGGCCACAGCCCGGGGCGACGGGUGCAGCGGGUUCGGGAACCUGUUCACGGAGAUCGCGGAGAACAGCGCCCACGGGAGCCUGGUGGCGCGGCUGCCCCCGCCGGGGGACGCGGGGGGCGGCGCCGGCCUCCAGCUCUGCCUGGUGGGCACCGACGCCGCCUGGUUCUACCUGGACGGGCGCAGCCUCCGGCUCAACGUCUCGGCCGGGCGGGCGCUGGACCGUGAGGAACUGGAGUCCCCGGUGCUGAUGGUGGCCCUGACCUGUGCCGAGGACGGCUCCUCCCCGGUCGAGUUCCGGAUCAUCGUCCAGGUCCUCAAUGAGAACGACAACCGGCCCCACUUCCAGGGGGCCACUGUCCUCACCCACAACGUCAGCGAGCUGGCACCGGUGCACUCGGUGGUGUUCAGCGCCCAGGCCGAGGACGCGGACGGGGACACGCUCAUGUACGUCAUCGACACGGCCUCGCCCGACGCCCGCUUCUUCCGCAUCGACCUCCCGAACAGCGGCCGCGUGGUGCUGGCGCGGGCGCUCGACUUCGAGAGCCGGCGGCACCUCGAGGUGGUCGUGACCGCCGUGGAGAUGAACACCCGGGAGCGGUUCAACGCCUCGGCCCGGGUGCGGGUCAAUGUCCUGGACGGGGAUGACCAGUACCCCCAGUUCCUGCCCUGCACCCCCCGCGCCCCCCACAGCCCUCCCGUCUGCACCAGCCCCGUCUACACCGCCAACAUCACCGAGGGCCAGCUCCAGGGGGGUCCCCUGAGCUUCAGCCCCGGCGCCGUCUAUGCCGAGGACGGGGACAGGGGGCUGCGGGCGGCCAUCACCUACUCCCUGCUGGCAGGUCAGGAGAGCAGCAGGUUCCACAUCGACAACGUGACCGGGGCCAUCACGCUGCUGCGGGCGGUGGAGAGCAGCCGCCAGACCCCCGAGAUCUGCCUCAGCGUCAUGGCCUCGCAGGUGAACGACCCCUCCAAGUACGCGGUGGCGCGGGCCCUGGUGCGGGUCCUGGCCCCGAACCGGCACCCGCCGCGCUUCCCCCGCGCCCGCUACCGCGCGUUCGUGCCCGCGGCCCCGCGCCGCGCCGCGCUGCUGCUCACCUUCGGCGGGCAGGUGCUCGCCCUGCACGCACACGACCCCGACUUCCCCGAGGGGCUGAACCCCCAGGUGCGCUACACCCUGAGCCACGGCGCCAACCAGAGCCAGCAGCUGUUCCAGGUCAUGCCCAACGGGCUCCUGGUGGCCCAGGCGGACCAGCUGCGGCCCGGGCAGAGCUACCACCUGCAGGUGCUGGCGCGGGACGAGGAAUCGGGCGAGACCUCGAACACGACGGUGGAGCUGGAGGUGCUGUGGCCGGGGCAGGCGGCCCCGCGGGACCCCUCGGAGCCGCCUCCCGGGCGGGGGGUGCCGGCGGGGGCCGUGGCGGGGGGCGCGGGGGCGCUGCUCCUGCUCGGGGCCGUUCUCCUGCUCGCCCUCCUGGCGCUGCGGGCGCGGCGGCGGCGGCGGCGGCAGCAGCGCACGGCGGACCGGGCGGCGCUCGCCAUCGAGAAACACCCCAACGUGAGCCUGAGGUGGUUCCAGCCGGUGAGUGGGACCCCCCAAAAAGUCCAAGCCGGCAAGUCCCCCCCGAGCCCCCCCCGGCUCUACUACCCCAACGAGGGCUACAGCGAGGUGGGGGAGGCCCCCCCGCCGCCCCCCCCCCCGGGCGAGGUCUCGGGGGGUCCCGCGGAGGGCGGGGGCAGCCCCGUGCCGGGGGGGCGGCGGGGGGGGACCCUGGGGGUGCUGCCGGCGCUGGAGGAGGUGAGCGAGGAGAGCCUGGAGGAGGGGCCGGGCAGCGACCCCCGGGUGCCCCCCCCGCUGCUGCAGCUGCUCGAGGACUCCAUCGAGUGCUGA